AUGGGAUACUGUCUUAUCUUUGAUUCAGUCUCAUUGACCUUAUUGGUCAUAGUCGCAAUAUUGUUUGCAUGCUAUGUGUAUAACUUACGCAAAAAUAAUCUUUUUCGUCGUUUGGGAAUACCCGGUCCAUCUCCAAUACCGCUUCUUGGAAAUCUUUUGAAUAUUAUACGAAAGGGUUUAUAUUUGAAUGAUAUCGAAAUGGUACAAAAGUACGGAAAUAUUUUCGGAACGUUCGAAGGCACAAUACCUGUCAUUAUUUUAUCUGAUCCAGAACUUCUUCGAAAAGUUCUUAUCAAAGAUUUUCAUGUCUUUACUAAUCGACGAAUACUCAAGGGAUUAACGGGUCCACUCGAACAUGGACUUACGAUGUUAAGAGAUGAUGCAUGGAAGAAUGCUCGUACAAUUGUUUCACCUACAUUUUCGUCCGCGAAAUUAAAAGCGAUGCACAGUCUUAUCGAUCAAAUAGGUGAUGGUUAUAGCAAACGUCUAUUGGAAUAUGCCGAUAAACAGGAAAUGUUCGAUGUGAAAUUGAUCAACAGUCAAUAUACUCUAGACAAUAUUGCUUCGUCAUUGAUAUAUCUAAUUUCACCUCGAUUGACCAGUUAUUUGGGUUCAAAAGGUUAUACAUUACUGCCGACAGAUUCGAUGAAUUAUUUGACGCUACUGGUAAACGAAGUCUUAGAUCGACGUCGUCAUCGUAUUGAAAGACGAAAUGAUUUUGUUCAAAAUAUGAUUGAUCAUGAAGAAGAAAUUCAUAACGAAGAAAUAAAAGAACAAUCAAAUGAAAAUAUCCAACAAUGGAGUUCCUUGAAAAAAACCUUAAGUGAUAGAGAAAUUCUUGGUCAAGCGUUAAUCUUUCUGAUAGCGGGUUAUGAAACAACAAGUACACUGCUAUCAUUCUUUUUCUAUGUUAUGGCAAUAUAUCCUGACAUUCAAGAGAAAAUCUAUGCCGAAAUUCAACAACAACUAGGAUCUGACGAAAUCACGUAUGAUAAGAUACAUCAAUUAGUCUAUUUGGAUAUGGUAAUCAAUGAAACACUUCGCAUGUAUCCACCUGUUUUAAGACUCGAACGCAUCGCAUCGACUUCGUACGAUCUUGGAGAAUAUCAUAUUCCAAAAGGAUCAAUUAUUGGUGUACCGAUCUAUGCAAUCCAUCACGAUCCAGCCUUUUGGUCCGAUCCAGAAGAGUUCAUUCCGGAGAGAUUUUCGUCAACAGACGGAGGAAAACGGUAUUCGAUGACUUAUUUACCAUUCGGUGAUGGACCAAGAAAUUGUAUUGGCAUGCGAUUUGCCUUAUUCGAAGCGAAGAUAGCUAUUGUUAAAGCCUUACGUAUGGUGGAAAUCCAACGUUGCGAAAAGACCGAGGUCCCACUUCAACUGGGUAAAAUGAAAAUUUUAUCUGCAAAAAAUGGUAUUAUAGUGCGUGUGACUCGACGAUCCCAAUAA